CGUUGUUGGUGCGUGUUAGAUCUCCCACAUGUGAAGUUGGCGACUCCCAAUGGAGUCCGAGUCUGCUCAAUUGCAGCAUGGUACGCAAGGGAAAUGGGCCUUCGCUUCUUAGGUAGGUCUUUAGCAUUGCUUGUGAGACUUUGUAAUAAUUCUCAACAAGGUAGGCUGGAAGCGUCGCCUCCUUACAAGGUGAAAGGGCUUCAGGGCCAUUACAGGCUACACGCUCAAAACCACAUCAGAAUUCAAAUGAAAUCAUAUAGACUUCUUACUUUUGUUUUAUCAGCGCAAGCAGAUCUGCUAACGUCACUGAUGGAGAUGCGAGCAAGAUCAUCACAUAUCAUCACGUGCGUGUUUUGACUGGAAAAGGACUAGCGCCGGCCUGGGGGAAUCUCUGCCGGCAAAGCGCGACGACCAGAAAAGGC